GAUCUCCUCCAUCUCCACCGGAAAAAUUCCAAAGCACUCUCGCAACCCAUGGAAAACUGGAUCCUGCUAUGGGCAAUAAUCACUCCCCCACUAGCCAUAAUUCUCGCCUUCGUCGCUCAAAUCAUUAGUGGCAGAAGGAAUAGAAGGAGAGCUGUCGGAUUCUUCCACCCUUACACCAAUGACGGCGGUGGCGGAGAGAGAGUGCUCUGGUGCGCCGUCAAAGGCAUCCAAGAUGAGAGACCUGAUCUCGACUGCGUUGUCUACACCGGCGAUCACGAUGCCUCCCCAGAGUCUUUAAUGGCUCGCGCCACCGAUCGUUUUGGAGUCCACCUCCUUUACCCACCCAAGGUAGUUCAUCUGUACAGAAGGAAGUGGAUUGAAGAGACUACAUACCCUCGCUUCACCAUGAUUGGUCAAAGUUUGGGUUCAGUCUAUCUCUCAUGGGAAGCUUUGUGCAAGUUCACGCCUUUAUAUUAUUUUGAUACUAGCGGAUAUGCUUUUACAUACCCAGUUGCCAGGAUUUUUGGAUGCAAAGUUAUUUGCUAUACACAUUAUCCUACAAUCAGCUUAGAUAUGAUAUCUCGUGUUCGUGACAGGAGCUCAAUGUACAAUAAUAAUGCCUCCAUUGCUAAGAGCUGUUGGCUAUCCCAGUGCAAAAUCAUCUAUUAUAAAAUAUUCAGUUGGAUGUAUGGAUUUGUGGGAUCUUGUGCACACCUUGCAAUGGUAAAUUCUUCAUGGACUCGGUCUCACAUUGAAAAGCUUUGGAGAAUCCAGGACCGCACUAAGCGAGUCUAUCCUCCUUGUGAUACUUCAGGGCUUCAGUCACUUCCUUUGGAAAGACAAGGGGAAACUCCAAAGAUUAUAUCUGUUGCUCAAUUUCGUCCUGAGAAGGCGCAUAGCCUUCAACUUGAGGCCUUUUCAGUUGCCAUUCAGAGACUAGACAAAAACUUACCAAGACCCAAGCUCCAGUUUGUGGGUAGUUGUCGAAAUAAAUCAGAUGAGGAAAGAUUGCAGAAUUUGAAAGACCAAGCAGUGAAACUGAAGGUAGAUGGGCAUGUGGAAUUCCAUAAGAAUAUGAUGUACAGGGACCUGGUAAGACUUUUGGGAGGUGCCGUUGCUGGAAUCCAUUCCAUGAUAGAUGAGCACUUUGGCAUAAGUGUUGUAGAGUACAUGGCUGCUGGAGCCAUCCCAAUUGCUAAUAACUCUGCAGGACCAAAAAUGGACAUUGUUUUGGAUGAAGAUGGGCAACAAACAGGGUUUCUAGCGCAGAAUGUGGAAGAAUAUGCAGAAGCAAUCCUGAAGAUAGUAAGAAUGCCUGAAUCUGAGAGACUCAGAAUGGCUGCAGCUGCAAGGAAACGAGCAGGCAGAUUUUCUGAGCAAAGAUUUUACGAUGACUUCAAAGCUGCAAUUAGACCAAUUUUAUCCAGUGCAUCCUAGGCCCUAGCAACCAAGAAGCAGCAAAUACCGCACACUGACCUUACAUACCAGAGUUUUGCCAGAUUCUAACUUCUUUAGCUGAGAGUGAGAGUUUCAAAGUUCCCAACCCAACACCUUCCCUUAAUUCUCGAACUUAUGGAGCGCCUACAAAUGAACAUGAAAUAGGUCCAAGGCAUGUAAAAGGAUGUGUAUUGUGUGUUAGUGUCAUGUCAUUACAAGUUGGAUUUUUUAUAUCUAAAUGGAGUAGAGAUUCUACUUGUUCAGUCAGAUUUAUUAGUAGUACAAUUUAUCAAAAGGUUACCAAGAAAAAGAUUUCUUCUCA